AUGGCAAAGAGACAUGAUCGGAUGAAGUCUCUAGCAGAGCAAAUUGCUGACCUACAAGAUCCAACUCCGAAAGACUUUGACCCAGAAGACUUAAAUGACGGCGAAGAAAGCAGCGACAAUCAAUCAUCUGGAGCGGAGGACGGUAAUGCUAACGCCGGCCGGGAGCAUUACAUAUCUGUUGGAAAGAGCAAGCUCCGCAAACCGGAAAGAGUGUCUCUCGGACGCGAAUAUGCUGGGUCACGAGUUAGUAGAGAAGCACUUGAAAGCGACGGGAGCGAAGACGAUACAUUCCGCAAGGAUACAAGCGACGAGGUUAUGUCCGAGUCAGCUGAUGAGCUGGACGAAUCGGAGAACGGACGAGUGGGAGAAGAUAGUUCUGAUGCAGAAUCUGAGGAUAUGGAUAAUGGGCUAGGAUCUGGUGGUGAGCUAGAUGGAGUAACUGAUUCUGAAGACGAUCAAGAAUUUGGGGAUAGCAAUGAUGACGAAACGAGCGCGCCGGCCGCAUCAGACGAUCGCGCUGAAAUUAGGCGACUCAUGGUUUCUGAUCACAAAACUGUCGCAGCGUCAUUAUCUCAAGCUGCGAAGGCAGAUGCUGCAAAGGGGAGUGCGAUCAAGCGACAGCGGUCGGCGUUCGGUGCCAUACUGAACGCACGUAUCAAACUUCAGAAGGGCAUUACAAUUCUGAACGGUCUACCGUCUACGUUGAAGGAUGAUAACGCGAUUGAUCAGGCCUCGAUCAAGUCUGCCGAAGCUGCGGCACUGGCCCUUUGGAGCACGAUCGAAGAUCUUCGACAUGCACUUGUCGAUGCCCAAACUAGCAGCAUCUCUUCUAAAAAACGAAAACGAGGCCUGCAUCCUUGUGCCUCCACCUCGUCGGCAGAUAUCUGGAACCGCAUGGAAGAAAUCGAAGCACAGUCACGGCCCCACCGCCGCGCAGUCCUGGAUAAAUGGGCAUUAAAAAUACGUGGCUCAAGGGCAGCACUGCCGAACGCCAGAGGUAAAUUAAUGAAUCACGGAGCAGUUGACCAGCAAACAAUAACUUCCGUACUGGAUGCCCACAUUGCAACAGAACUGGAUAGUCACCCGUCCAAACGCACCAUGACGGACAAAGUCCAACAACUUAAACAACCCAACGGCACUUCUAGCGCCUCACACGAGCUUAACGAGAUUUACGACGACUCUAUUUUCUAUCAGGCUCUCCUCCGCGACCUUGUGGAGGAACGAAUGUCAGCCAACAGCGGCGUCGAAGCACUUCAGAUGCAGCUUCCCUCUCGCCUUGCUAUCCACCCCACCACUGGGAUGCGCAAGGAUAAGGUUAAAAGAUCUGUGGAUACCAAGGCAUCCAAGGGCCGUAAGAUGCGGUAUACAGUUCAUGAGAAACUGCAGAAUUUCAUGCCUCCAGAGGACAGAGGUACAUGGGGAGAUCGCGCCAGGGGGGAGUUCUUCGCUUCCUUGCUGGGGAGAAGUGCGCGGGCGGUUUUGGGUGAGGAUGAUGAGGAUGAGGACAAGGUUAUGGACGAUGAGGAGGAUGUUGAAGAGGAUGGACUCAGACUCUUUCGGAGUUAA